AUGGCCGUGCCGCCGCUCCGCCGGGCGCUGCUGCUGUGGCAGCUGCUGGCGGCGGGCGGCGCGGCGCUGGAGAUCGGCCGCUUCGACCCGGAGCGCGGGCGCGGGCCGGCGCCGUGCCAGGCGGUGGAGAUCCCCAUGUGCCGCGGCAUCGGCUACAACCUGACCCGUAUGCCCAACCUGCUGGGCCACACGUCGCAGGGCGAGGCGGCCGCCGAGCUGGCCGAGUUCGCGCCGCUCGUGCAGUACGGCUGCCACAGCCACCUGCGCUUCUUCCUGUGCUCGCUCUACGCGCCCAUGUGCACCGACCAGGUCUCGACGCCCAUUCCCGCCUGCCGGCCCAUGUGCGAGCAGGCGCGCCUGCGCUGCGCGCCCAUCAUGGAGCAGUUCAACUUCGGCUGGCCGGACUCGCUGGACUGCGCCCGGCUGCCCACGCGCAACGACCCGCACGCGCUCUGCAUGGAGGCGCCUGAGAACGCCACGGCCGGCCCUGCCGAGCCCCAUAAGGGCCUGGGCAUGCUGCCCGUGGCGCCGCGGCCCGCGCGGCCCCCCGGCGACGCCGCCCUAGGCGCCGGCGGCGGCACCUGCGAGAACCCGGAAAAGUUCCAAUACGUGGAGAAGAGCCGCUCGUGCGCACCGCGCUGCGGGCCCGGCGUCGAGGUGUUCUGGUCGCGGCGCGACAAGGACUUCGCCCUCGUCUGGAUGGCUGUGUGGUCGGCGCUGUGCUUCUUCUCCACCGCCUUCACCGUGCUCACCUUCCUGCUGGAACCUCACCGCUUCCAGUACCCGGAGCGCCCCAUCAUCUUCCUCUCCAUGUGCUACAACGUCUACUCGCUGGCCUUCCUCAUCCGGGCCGUGGCUGGGGCCCAGAGCGUGGCCUGCGACCAGGAGGCGGGUGCGCUCUACGUGAUCCAGGAGGGCCUGGAGAACACGGGCUGCACCCUCGUCUUCCUGCUGCUCUACUACUUCGGCAUGGCCAGCUCGCUAUGGUGGGUGGUACUGACCCUCACCUGGUUCCUGGCAGCCGGCAAGAAAUGGGGUCACGAGGCCAUCGAGGCCCACGGCAGCUACUUCCACAUGGCGGCCUGGGGCCUGCCGGCUCUCAAGACCAUCGUUAUCCUGACGCUGCGUAAGGUGGCAGGGGAUGAGCUGACCGGGCUCUGUUACGUGGCCAGCAUGGAUGCAGGGGCCCUCACUGGCUUUGUGCUGGUGCCCCUCUCCUGCUACCUGGUGCUGGGCACUAGCUUCCUUCUGACCGGCUUUGUGGCCCUCUUCCACAUCCGCAAGAUCAUGAAGACAGGGGGUACCAACACGGAGAAGCUGGAGAAGCUCAUGGUCAAGAUUGGGGUCUUCUCCAUCCUCUACACUGUGCCUGCCACCUGCGUCAUUGUGUGCUACGUCUAUGAACGCCUCAACAUGGACUUCUGGCGCCUGCGGGCCACAGAGCAACCCUGCUCGGCAGCCACCAUGCCCGGUGGCCGGAGGGACUGCUCGCUGCAAGGGGGCUCAGUGCCCACCGUGGCUGUCUUUAUGCUCAAGAUCUUCAUGUCGCUGGUGGUGGGCAUCACCAGCGGCGUCUGGGUAUGGAGCUCCAAGACUUUCCAGACCUGGCAGAGCCUGUGCCACCGCAAGAUGGCAGCUGGCCGGGCCCGGGCGAAGGCCUGCCGGACCCCUGGGGGCUAUGGCCGUGGCACCCACUGCCACUAUAAGGCCCCCACCGUGGUCUUGCACAUGACUAAGACGGAUCCUUCUCUGGAGAACCCCACACACCUCUAGGGACACAGGCCUGCGUGGGGCGGCUGUCGCGCCCUCCUAGCCCCCCUUCGGAGGAGACAGCUGACUAGCAGCUGCCCAGCUGUCAAGGUCAGGCAAGUGAGUGCGAGGGGCCGAGGACCAGGGCGGGGAGACUCUCCUUCAACCCUCACUUGUCAGAACCCAGUGAGGCUCACUCCCCUGUUGCCUAGAGCAAAGGGGUGGGCCUGGCUGGGU